AAGGGUGUUCCUUAAAUAACAUUAUUUGAGGAAGAAAGUGACUAUAUAUAUAUAUAUAUAUCCUCUCCUUGUUCUCUCAACCUUUACUGCCUUCCUUCCUUUCCCUUGCUUGCAGCAUAUCCAUCCAUAAUGAUUUUCAUCGUGGAACAACUCAUGCUCUUCAUUUCUACUGCCCUCGGUUACCUUUCUACACUUUUAUCCCCUCAUCCUCGCCAAUGCCAUGACCUUACUCUCAUCAUCCACCAGACCAACGCCCCACCCAACCAAGUCUACGAAGCGGCCCAACUCUACCUCCCCACCAUUGACUUGAUCAAUCCCUCCACCAGAACCAUCCAAGUCAGCAAAACGCCUCGCCAAGAAACCGUCAAGCUUGCCAUCGACAGCGGUGAGCAGAUCGUCGACACCUUUGAGGACAUUAACCUCAAAUGGCUCUACGUGGUCCAAACAUUCCCGACCGGCCAGGUAACACGUCGCUUCGAGCUAACCUUCCACAAGAAACACAAAGACAAAGUCCUGACCUCCUACUUGCGCCAUGUGGUCACUCGGGCUGAAGCCAUUAAAAAAGAGGAAAAGAUUCUCAAACUUCGUAGCGUUAACUCACCAUCACGAGUGGAUCUGGAGCACCCAGCCACGUUCGAGACGAUCGCCAUGGAGCCCGACCAGAAGACAAAGAUUAUCAAGGACUUGGACAGAUUUGUGAGAAGGAGGGAGUUUUAUAAGAAGGUGGGGAAGGCCUGGAAAAGAGGCUACUUGUUGUAUGGCCCUCCUGGCACUGGCAAGUCGAGCUUGAUUGCAGCCAUGGCUAAUCAUCUCAAGUUUGACGUGUAUGAAUUGGAGCUCGACGGUAUUUGCAGUGACUCUCAGUUGAAGAGAGUGUUGCUAUCCACUAAAAAUCGUUCUAUUUUGGUGAUUGAGGAUAUUGAUUGCACCGUCCGUGACAUGCAAGACCGGAAAUCGGAGCAGCCCACGUUCACACUCUCAGGCCUGCUAAACUUCAUGGAUGGUCUGUGGUCAAGCUGCGGUGACGAGAGAAUUAUUGUGUUCACAACAAAUCACAAGGAUCGGCUUGAGCCUGCACUGUUGCGUCCUGGUCGAAUGGACGUCCACAUUCACAUGUCGUAUUGCACUCCACAUGCGUUUAGGGUCUUGGCCUCCAACUACCUUGGCAUUCAAGACUUGAAUCAUCAUGGCCUUUACGGAGAAAUCACAGGCUUGCUAGAGAGCACAGAGGUCACCCCUGCUGAGGUCUGUGAGCAACUGUUGAAGAGAGAUGAUGAUGUUGACGACGAUGAUGCUGAUGCUGCUCUUGCUGGACUUGUCAACUUUCUCAAACUCAAGAAGCUUGAAGAGACUAAUAAUAUUGAUAAACCAGAAACUCAAGAAGGAUCUCAAUGUUAAUGAUGAUGACGGUGACAACUCCUCCACCUAGCAUGAGCUAGGGCAGUAGAAUAAGUUGGUGUCAUUUGUCCCAUCUGAUUAUGAAGUAAUGUAUGGUUAUAUUCAGACUCUUCCCUUUUUUUUCUUUCUUAAUUAUAGCGUACCUACCAAAGUAGAGAAAUUAUGUGGAAAAAGACCUGCAAACAGAGACCUUGACUUUUGGUCAACAAGGAAGGCAAAGAGAAGCGACCACCAGCAUUUGAUGGAAAUUUCUGUUCUUAUACGACUUCUAACAAGUCUCGUUGACUUAGGGUCCCUUUUUGGGGUUGACACGUAAUUGUGACCAUAAGGAAAAUUCUACCAUGUUGCAUUUUCUGAAACGAAAUCCAUACCAAAUGAUCUUUCUGAA